UGUCCCCCCUGCAGCAUCUAAUCUCAUCCAGCCAAUGCCGGCAUCCAUCUUCCGGGUUCCGUUCCCUGCGACAUCGGGACGUACGGGGGACGGAACGGCGGGAAAUUCAAAAAUGUAAAAAUGUGCCAUUCACUCAAUACACUAAAAUCACAUAGUAAAACAUUCCUGUAUCAAACCAUUUCACAUACAUUUUGUCCCUACUGCUUUGUCCUGUGCCCUGCCUGCAUUUUGACUGUUCUUUCUGCCUGGAAACUUAGAAAAGUCCAUGGCGUCCAAAAAGCGUCCCUUUACGUCAAAAGCAGUUUUAGACCAGCUAGAGAACAGCGAUAGUAAAUCAGAACCACUUGCAGAAUUGAGUGAUAAUGAUUCGUGGGGGAAAUUCAUCAUCAGACACUGA